UUAACUACUGUUGUAGUUUUUCGCGGCUUAUUUGCGUGUUUUCUUUUAAUAUAAUUAGCCUUUCAUUGUAGUAUAGCAUUAGUAAAACAAAAGGACACAGAUAAAGACUGUGCUUCUGCACACUCAUACAGUAGCUCGUCUUAGUUAGCUUACCGCAGGUGACGUUAGCACGCUAGGCUAACGUCACGAAGCUAAUCCUCGGGUUGUGUGGUGUUCAUUGUCUCGGAGGACAGAUACACGUCGUGAUGUCUCUUAGCGCCGUUCACGGAACUCUGUCGAGCUUGAAGUCCUGCCAGGCGGACAUCGGGACGGGAAUGGACAUAGUGACAGAUGUGGCGAUGGACCUGGCGGAAACUCAGGAUGAAGAGGUGAACCCUGGCAUCAAAGAGAUGGAGGCCAUGAUUCUGGAGUGUGCCAAACUGGACCGAGAGAUUAACUACUUUGUUGACAUUGUGCAACAAGUCACAGGGGAGGUUACCUCCCAGCAGCCAGAGGCCAUGUUCAGCCUGUCUGCCAAAGUGAAGGAGCAGUUCACAGAGAGAAUAGGCAGGCUGUCUGACGCAGAUCUGCAGAAUCACCAGAAAGUAGUGGCCUUCAAGGACAGCAUCAAGAACUCUCUCAACCAAGCUAACCAAGAGUCUGCAGAGAACACGGAGGAGCUCGAUGAAGACAUCGCUGUUACGCAGACCCAAGUCAACUUCACCUGCCCACUCACACAGGUGGAAAUGGUGAACCCGAUGAAGAAUAAGAAGUGUGGCCACCACUACGACGAAGGAGCCAUACUGAGUAUGAUCAAAGCGAGACACAGCCAGAAAAAGAAAUGCCGCUGUCCUGUGGUGGGCUGUGGGAACGCAGAUGUGAAACAGUCAGAUCUGAUUCCUGACCAGAUCCUGAGGAGGAAGAUCCAGAGCCAGAAGAGGAACAACAACCGGACGUAGUGCUUUUAACCUUUUCUUUUGGCAUUCAUCAUAAAAUUUGUGCCAUGGUAAUUAUUUGUAUUAUUAUUAUUAUUUGAAUUAGAUUUCAGGAAGUGAUUAAUUGUGUGUAUUUCAGCUGGAGUAUUUUUGUGUACUCAGUCACGUUGAAUGUAAAUAAAUCAGCAGACCUUUUUCAUAAAUGUAUACUACCAAAUUUGUGUUUGUGAUUGGGAGUAGGGGUAAAUAUUUUUUCCAUAAUUUACAUGAUGCAGUGAGUUGCCAGAGCCACAAGAGAGCAGUGUCUGCAUGAGGACACAGGAUUUUUGUUUGGAAAUUAAAUGUUCAUCCCUGGAUUACACUUUUUUAGCUCCAGGUAUGCUGGAGGAUUAUUAGUAGAGUUGUAUCCACUACUGGCAACUAUACAUCGAGGCAUUUGUUUAAGUCUAACUUCAGUUUAGUGAGCAGAUGUAACUUCAAUAUGAACCCAGAUCGAUUUAAUGUUGGAAUCUUAAAGAGACUUGUGAUUCUCCUUUUUUAUAUUUUUAUAAAUAAGACAGGUUUUUCUAAUUGCAGAUAACUGAAGUAUGAUACCAAAUUAAUUUCCUAUGAACAGUUUUGUGAAUUAACCAUAAACAAGCCAUUCUUUGACGUCUGUGAGUGUGCACUUUGCACUUUUGUGAUUAAAUCCCUCCCUCUCCUGCAUGCC